AUGGAUUCCUGGGACGACGAUGAGUAUGAAGUGCCACCGGUGACGCAGCCGCAGACGAGUGCAGCCACAUGGGAGGACGAGGAGGCAGAGGAUGAGCCGGUCGUGGACGUCAAGACGGAGCUUCCUGCUGCCGCGAAGGGCCCCGUGAAGCCCAAGCAGCUCAAGAAGAUGAAGCUGAAGGAGAUGGAGGAGAAGCAGAAGAUGGAAAUCGCUCUCACCAAGGCGCGGCUCGCAGCUCAGAUCGAUGAGACGGAGGAUCAGCGUAAAGCUCGUGAAAAGGCUUCGAUUGAAGAGGCAGACUUUGAGAUGGCGAUCGAUGCUUUUGCUGGCGCUUCGGCUAAACCGGCGGCUGGAGCCGCCGACGAUGUGGAUGCCAACGUCUCGAGUAUUCGACUGCUGUCGCUUGCCGAUCAUGAACACUUUGGUGACGUUGUGUCGUCCCGAUUGGCGACCUCAAACUCCAAGUAUGCACUCGAGUGCAUCAAAGUGAUCCUAACGAAGGCUUCCGUAAAUCUGACAGCUGACGACAUGAAGGAGAUCACGACAAUCGUAAACGUUGUCAAGAAUGAAAAGAUCGCGGCCGCCAAGCCGAAAGGAAAGAAAAAGAAGCAGACUGGCAAGCAAGGCUACGCUAACGUCGAACGCAGUGUCGGUAGCAGCGGGGGCAAGGUUUAUGCCGGGUACGAUGACACGUACGAAGACGGUCUGGACGACUAUGGUGACUUUAUGUAG